CCUCCCUCUUCGCGACAUGGGAAUGGAGAUGAUCACGAAUGUGUCCGAGUACGAGAGGCUCGCCAAGGAGAAGCUGCCCAAGAUGGUGUACGACUACUACGCCUCCGGCGCAGAGGAUCAGUGGACGCUCAACGAGAACAGGGAGGCCUUCUCCAGAAUCCUGUUCCGACCACGCGUACUGAUCGAUGUGUCCCAUAUCAACAUGGCCACAAACAUCUUGGGCUUCGACGUCUCCAUGCCGAUCAUGAUCGCUCCCACGGCCAUGCAGAAAAUGGCUCACCCUGAAGGAGAGCUUGCUACUGCAAGAGCAGCAGCAUCUGCAGGGACCAUAAUGACAUUGUCUUCAUGGGCUACUUCUAGUGUGGAAAGGGUUAACUCAGUAGGACCCGGGAUACGUUUCUUCCAGCUUUAUGUUUACAAGGACAGGAAUAUAGUUCGGCAACUCGUGAAAAGGGCUGAAAUGGCCGGGUUCAAGGCGAUCGCCCUCACCGUCGACACUCCGAGGCUCGGCCGCAGGGAAGCUGAUAUCAAGAACAGGUUCAACUUGCCUCCACAUCUGGUGCUGGAGAACUUUGCGGCGCUGGACCUCGGCAAGAUGGACAAGACAGAUGAUUCUGGGUUGGCUUCCUAUGUUGCUAGCCAGGUCGACCAAUCUCUUUGUUGGGAGGACGUCAGGUGGCUGCAGACAAUUACCUCGUUACCGAUCUUGGUGAAAGGGGUCAUGACUGCAGAAGACACUAGGAUUGCCAUCGAAUACGGCGCGGCCGGCAUCAUCGUGUCCAACCAUGGCGCUCGGCAGCUGGACUACGUCCCUGCAACCAUCAGCUGCCUGGAAGAGGUGGUCAGAGAGGCGAAGGGGCGGCUGCCGGUGUUCCUCGACGGCGGCGUCCGGCGCGGCACCGACGUGUUCAAGGCGCUGGCACUGGGAGCCGCGGGAGUAUUUAUCGGGAGGCCGGUGCUGUACUCGCUGGCGGUGGACGGCGAGGCGGGGGUGCGGAAGGUGCUGCAGAUGCUGCGGGACGAGCUGGAGCUGGCCAUGGCGCUCAGCGGGUGCCCGUCGCUCCGGGACAUCACCCGCGCCCACGUCGUCACAGACGGCGACAGGAUCCGCCGCGCACGCCUCUAGAUGGGGAGGCGCGCCGCAUCCGCCCUCAGCAGUACGUGCUUGUGCGCGCGGGCGCGCGCUGGUCGAUUUGAGAUGCCGCUCGUUCUUGUGCCUCCGUUUGAUCGAUCGAUGUAUCGGGCAAUAAAUUCGUAGAAAUAAAGUGUGGAGAAGGGCGCAUGCGUUGUCGUCGUGUAGUCUGCCCGCGAAAUGCUGUUUAUCACGUUCUGAUUUUGGCGACUACGCCCUCUCUGUCGGGUUUCGUAUUGUUGUCAUUCUGAAAGCAUGUCUAGCAGAAGCCUUAUGAUUGAGCCCUCUAUAUGACUGCUCAAAUUGAGUUAAAAAAAUGUGGUUCCUAGCCGAACUCUUAAAUUUA